AUGCGAUGGAAAACGCGAGAUUUUGUCUAUUUUUUGUUAUUUCUCCUUUCAUUUUGUGCUGCUCAAGGGAAAGAUGAAGAUGAAUUAAGCGGAGAUCACAUUUGCACCGUUCCACAAUUAGUCGACACAUAUGAGAUUCAAAAAGUGGUUCGACCGGUCGUGUUCACCGACACGGAAACAUGUGCAGAUCUUAGUCAGGGAUUUCGGUGUAAAGUUGAGAGAAAGGGCACCAAAGUGACCUAUGAGAAAAAGCUGAAGAAAGUCGAGAAAUACGUGAAGAAAUGCUGCGAGGGUUAUUAUGAGACAAAGGAUAAACAUUGUAAACCCGAAUGUAUCCCUGCUUGCAAAAAAGGACACUGUGCCGCGCCGAACGUUUGCGAGUGCGAUUCAGGCUAUGGAGGAAAGACGUGCUCAGCUUCUUGUUCAUUCGGCAAAUGGGGUCCCUCGUGCAGGAGUGAUUGCAAAUGCGAGAAUGGAGCGAGUUGUGAUCCAGAAGAGGGGACUUGUGUGUGCAGUGUUGGUUGGAAGGGUGAUCUCUGUUCGAUUCCCUGUAAUCCAACGACAGAAUGGGGAGCUGCAUGUAAAGAGAAAUGUCUAUGUCAAAAUGGGGGAAAAUGUGAUCAAAACACGGGUGAAUGCGAGUGUCCGCAAGGAUUCUCUGGGAAAUUCUGUCUCAAGCAAUGCGAUGAGGAAACUUUCGGAAAAGAUUGUCAAUUCAAAUGCGCUUGUCAGAAUGGUGGACGAUGUGAUAAAGAGAAUGGAGUGUGCAUUUGCGCGGCUGGAUUCACAGGCCCUGUUUGUGAAGAGGAAUGUCAAGAAGGGUUUUUCGGGGAGAAUUGCACUCAAAAAUGCACAUGCCUUAACAAAAAUAAAUGUGAUUCGAAAACGGGAAAAUGUAUUUGCAUCGGAUGGCAAGGGAAGCAAUGUGAAAACGGAUGCAAGAGAGGAUACUUUGGGAAAGAGUGCUCGGAGAAAUGCAAAUGCGCUGGGAUCGAAAAAUCCGAUUCAAAGACGGCUUGUGAUUCUUUGACUGGCGAAUGCAUUUGUGAGGGUGGAUUCACUGGACCUGGAUGCAAUGAUAGGGCUUGUCUAGCCGACAUGUACGGAGCAAAAUGCGACAACCAAUGCACAUGCAAUAUGGAGAAUACGGAAAGUUGCACCCCGGACCAUGGAGAUUGCCGUUGCAAAGCUGGUUUCACUGGAGACUCCUGCGAGAAGAGAUGCGACAAAAUGAGAUGGGGAAUUGACUGUGCAAACAAUUGCAGGUGUCCAUUCAACGUGACUUCUGAAUGCACAGCUGAUCAAGGGAAAUGCGUCUGCUUGCCCGGAUUCACUGGAGAAAACUGCAGCCAGAAUUGCCCUAACGGGAAAUUCGGUCUCGAUUGCGCUUUCAGCUGUCAUUGUCAACACGGUACUUGUGAUCCGAUUGAUGGGAAAUGUCUCUGUGAGGAUGGUUGGCACGGAGCUUUCUGUCAAUAUUCUUGUCCGGCUGGGACCUCGGGAAAGGGAUGUCAAAAAUGUGAUUGUGGCGGGAAUUCACGAGGAUGCAAAGCUGAUGGGAAAUGUCUAUGCAAAGCUGGCUACCAAGCUUCCGAAUCCAACAAUAAAUGCGUGUUGAGCUGCCCAGUUGGACUUUUCGGAUUGGAUUGCCGAUUGAAGAGCAUGUGCAAAGUGGAAGGGAAACCAACGAGACGGGGAGCCGCCGCGGAUCUUCUCACCGGAGAUUGCAGUUGUUCUGGAGGCUAUAAAGGAGAGGAUUGUUCAACGAAAUGCGAUGCGGGUAAAUGGGGUGAUUCGUGUCAAAGAGACUGUGAUUGUGGAGGGUAUUUCUGUAACCAAGAGACCGGUCAAUGCGCUUGUCCGCCGGGGAAGAGAGAAGCCAAUUGUGAACAAGAAUGCCCUCCCGGCCGUUUUGGUUUCGAUUGUGAGCAAGAGUGCACAAAUUGUCUCGUUGACGGGGAAUCAGCUAACUGUGAUGGAAAAACGGGGAAAUGCUUCAAAUGCCCUCCAAGCAAAUUCGGUCAUUUCUGCGAAGAGAAUUGCCCGAAAGAUCGAUACGGAGAGAAUUGUGAAAAGAUUUGCGAUUGUUCAAAUGGUGAUUGCGAUCCGGUGAGUGGAGAAUGUCAUUGCAAAGCCGGAUACAAGGGGGAACAAUGUGAGAAACAUUGUGACGAUGGUUGGUGGGGUUUCGAGUGCUCAUCGAAGUGUCCCCGUUGUGUGAAUGGUGGAGUGUGUGAUGCGGAGAAUGGACAAUGCAUUUGUAGACCGGGAUGGCAAGGGAGAACCUGUGAAAGACAAUGCCAACCGGGCUUCUGGGGACUCGACUGUGCGAAGAAUUGCACGUGCGCGAGUGAAUUCAAACAAUGUCAUCCAGAGACUGGGGAAUGUGCUUGUCCGAAUGGAAUGAAAGGCGACGAGUGCGGCGAAAUGUGCGAAGAUGGGUACUUUGGGCCAGAUUGUAUUCAGAAGUGCAAAUGUCAGGGACUCAGUUCCUCAUCCUGCAAUCGUUUCACCGGAUCCUGUCAGUGUCACGCCGGUUUCGAGGGCGAAUUCUGUCAUAAUCUUUGUCCUGAGGGUCGUUUUGGAUUGAAAUGUGCGAAAGAGUGUGGCAAAUGUCCGGAGGGUGAACGAUGCGAUCCAGCUAUUGGAUGCUGUCAUCCUGAUCAGAUAAGCUGUGGAAAAGCGAUGGAAGACUAUUUGGUGAUGACAAAAGCGGGUCGCUCGUCUCGUUGGCCAGUCAUUUUAUUGAUCAUUGCUUCACUCAUCGUCGGAUCGAUUCUCCUCUUUAUUAUCGUUCAUUACAGAAGAAAAUAUAUGAAAGAGAAAGUGCCCGACUUGCCAACCGUUGUUUAUCACCCUGAGAAUGAAAACAAAGACGCGAACGAGUUCAACAAUCCACUUUACUCAAACGUCACCGUUAUGGAUCAUCAAGAACAAAUGCGUGAGAAUUUCCCGGAAGAUGAUAUUGAUCAAUUAAAAGGGAGAAAUAUUCGAGGGAGAGCGACAAAUGACUACGCAACGCUGGACGAGUUUCAACGGGCCGGCAGCUCAGCUUCAGCCGGUCCACCUGGUGGUUCUUCUAUGUACUCUCCAUCAUCAUCCACUCAAUAUUCAAGCACGGGUACUUGGGAUGCGAAGAAACAAAACGAAGCAAACCAAAGUAAAACAAACGAGAAUUUUUAUUCA